AUGUUUCAUGUGCCUGAAUUUUUUAAUAAUUAUUUAAGAGAGCGUGGUCUUCUCAAUCAAAUCUACGCAGCAAUGAAGAGCGAUGAUUAUUCCGAUGUAGUUAUGGCUGCUCUCCAUGUGCUUGAGGACAGUGGCAGUUUACCAAAGAUAGAAAAAGAAAACAAAUGUGAGAAAAGAUCUGAUAAAUAUCGGGAAGAAGGUAAUAUAGCAUUUAAAGUAGGAGAUGUAAACAGAGCACUAGAAUUUUACAAUAGAGCUCUGAUGUUUGCGCCGAAAAAUUCAAGAGCCAUAAAACUUGCUUAUAGCAACAGGUCAGCAAUAUUAUUUAAAUUAGAACAAUUUAGAGCUUGCUUAAUUGACAUAGAAACUUGUUAUAAACUGGGUUGCCCCACAGACAUCGAAAGUAAGCUUAUUAAAAGGAAAAAGGAAGCUACAAAAAGAAGUGAAAUGGAAAAUAUGUCUGCUAAUAAUUUGCUUACUGGUUUCAUUAAAGAUUGUUUUAAGUUUGAUUUUAAAAGCAAUACUUCCAUUCCUUGCGCCAGUUCUGACAUAGAAUUUAUAAAAGGAGAUGCUUUUAAAGUAGUUGCAGCAAAAGAUUUUAAAGUGGGAACUCCCCUGGUUUUAGAAGAUUCGUUUAAAGAAUAUCUUGCUAUUUGCCUCGGUCAUUUGAUGAAAGGAAACUUGCUAAGAAUGCACUGGCAAGAAUCAUGA